UUUUCAUCUCACGCACACACGCCCUCUUCCUCAUCUCCGGCCCGCCCUGCAUCCUCCAUAUGUCCAUCCUCAUCCCCUCUCUCUCACGCACACACACGGAUGUCCUCUCCUCGGAAGCACACACAAACAACAUCGAAGCCAUUUUUUUGUUGUCGAUAAAAAGGAGGGAUGGUAUCAGACACGCUGUGUUGAGGAGUCGCUGGAUUCAAUAAGAAGGUGCACCAGCAAACCAUUGUGGGUGUGUUUUUAUUGAAUUUGGGGGUUGGUGUGAUCCUCUAUGGAUGUCGACAUGAUGCCUGGAUCGUCUCCGUCUGUUUGGCCCGGAGAGGAGCGACCAUCCCUGCUGGAUCAGGAGGACCCAGAGCUGAGCCAAGCCUCCAUCGCCAUGCCAUGCCCCCCCCUCGGAGUGGGGGAGCAGCUCCUGUGUGGCGGAGGCAGCGGUAACCCGGUCGACAUCAGGCCACCUCGCAGCAUCUCCAAAGGCGAGCUCGUCAUCGUUAUUAAUGAGAAGCUGAAGAGCAGUAAUGGAGGCCACACGUCCGACAGCACCUCCUCCCCUGUCAUCUCAUCGCCACCCAGACGGCAACACUCUAUCUCCUACCCCCAUCAGGGCAAGACCAGGAAGGGUAGUCGGGCGGGCUCCAUUGGCUACACCGCCUUCUCCCCUAGGCCCUCGUUGUCACGCCAUUCCAGCAUCGCCACCAACCCGCCCUUGGACCGCACCAAGGUGAAAGACUACCUCCUGCUGUCGGUGCUGGCCUGCUUCUGCCCAGUGUGGCCCAUCAACAUCGUGGGAUUUGUCUACUCCAUCAUGUCUAAAAACAGUCUCGAGCAAGGCAACCUGGACGGCGCCGUGCGGCUGGGCCGCGUGGCUAAGAUGCUGUCCUUGGUGUCCCUCGUGGGAGGGACCGUCAUUAUCAUCGCCUGCAUUGUCAACCUGGCCAUCAAUGUGAAAACCUGAGUUUUCAUCCCAAGAUGAAACGGGAUAAGGCAGCUGCAUCCCGACUGGCCCUCACCUGCACCGCCUGUCUUUUUCCCACCUAGUUGUUACCUGGAUGUGUGACUUUAAGAAAAUAACAACUAAAAACGCAGCCACUGAUAUCUAUAUUCUUCUACAAGUAAUCUUACAGAAGUCUUUUUUUUCGCGAAUGGGAGAUGUUAUGCAAAAUGCUGCUGAGUCACAAGGGGGAGGCGGGCGGGCGGGAUGGGGAGGUUAAUGUUGAAGGAGGUUGGAGACAGACUUAAUGGUCUCCUUUCUGGACGUGGACUCAAGGCGACAAGGAGAAUCCUUUUCACUGCAUCCAACACGCCGUCAUGUCAAAUCCCCUGCUGAGAGACUUCACCAGCCCCGCCUUCAUCCUUUGAGGAGAAACGCUCUCCAUCACCUUGUUGAGACUGCGGUUCCCUUGCCUGAGGAUGAAAAAGAGGCUUACAGAGGAAAAGCCACGGAUGCUAAAAAUGGAUUACAGAAGAGGAAAUAUGUGCCAAAAACUAAUGGUGGAGAAACUUUUUAAAUCCCAAGCCUCAAUCGUUGUUACAGGGUGAGAAGAUGCCAGAACGUUCCCAAAGCUCUCGUCAUCCAAGCACUGUGAGUCCGAGGAAGGAAACUGUAGCAACAGGACACAACAUUAGGUACACCUGCACAGUCAAACGACAGCCAAAGCAAGAACUGUAUCAUGUUUAAUUUUGCAUUUGUGAGCUUUUCCUAGUAUUGUACUUUGACUGCCUAUGUGAGAGCAGGCGCGUCACUGGGAAGGACAGGGGGGGCUUCGCCGCUGUGAGCCAACGUGUACGCGUGCACAGCAUUUCACAAACACAAAUGAUUUAUUGUUAUUACUUCAGAGAGUAUGUUUACAGCAUUAGCAACAAUAAAAAUACGGUGCCGUCUUGUUCAGAUGAUUCUUCCUCAUCAAGAGAUCGUAUGUCAUGUAGGCUGGAGCUAAUUAAUCGUUACUAGCAGCACUGACAAAUACUUUCUUGAAAACCUUUCUUCUACUCGGCUGCGUGUGCUUCUAAGGUACACACAUCCUGCAGGUAGAGUGCAAGCAAGCUCGCAAGGAAAACGUGGACUGGGUUUUCAGUCAUGUGGGUUUUGUCCAUGUCAACAAGUGGAAGGGAUUGGAUGAAGCGACAAAGAGAAACUGACAGAUUUAUAUGAUUAUUUAUUAAACUCAUAUUCUGGCCUCUUUCUAGUAUAUCGUCAUUACGGUUGCGGGUAUGCUGGAGCCUAUCCCAGCUGACUUCGGGCGAGAGGAGGGGUACACCCUGGACGAGUCGCAGCCAAUCACAGGGCACAUAUAGACAAACAAGCAUUCACACUCACAUUCAUACCUAUGGACUAUUUAGAGUCUCCAAUUAACCUAACAUGCAUGUUUUUGGAAUGUGGGAGGAAACCGGAGUACCCGGAGAAAACCCACACGAGAACAUGCAAACUCCACACAGAGAUGCCCAGAUCUUCCCGAUCUCCUGACUGUGCGGCCAACAUGCUAACCACUAGGCCACCGUACAGCCAAAGAUUGAAAUUAUUUUACAUUUUAAUUAAAAAAUGUAAAAUAAAACAAGAAUAUUUUAUGGAGGCUUCAGCCCCCCUAAAAGAAGCCUAAUGACGCCAAUGCUUGGGAGGGCAAAAUACUAGGAACCUCACUCAUUACAUAAUGUCGUAUUGUGCAGGUGUGCCUAAUGUUUUGGCUUCAACGUUAAAAUUUUGCCAGUCACAUGUAGGCCUGCAGGUUUUUUGAUAUGUAUGUAUGUGUGUGUGUGUGUGAAACAAAAGAGCUUCAGUAAAAGUCAUGGCUUCUGUUUUGGUGCUGCUGCUCAGUGACAAGGUAGCGCUUUUUAUGAAUUAAAAAAAAAAACACCCUGGGGGAGGAGGUUGAGGGGGUACGGUAACCAAACCUGCACUCGCUUUGCUGUGGAUUUCUACAAGCUGCUCCUGCGUGCCCUCUUUGAGAUCUUUACCUGUGAUUCUCACUGUGAUCCCCAAACAACAACAGCAGUCACCUGUUAAGAUAUAAGAUGAAUGUGGCUCUUAUUCUUCUAAUGUGUAUUUGAACCAGUAAUCAUGAGUUGAUGUAUUCUGCUGAUAUAAUCCUCAAUAUGGUGAUAUAUGAGUUCAAUAGGUGAUUUGAUGUAGACACGCAGGCCUUCUUUCAGCACCGGGUAUACUAUUAUUAUUGUUAUGAUGAUGAUUAUUCUGAUUAUCUUUGUGGUGACUGGCAUGCUAUGGGUUUUUAAUUCAUGUAUGAACCAUAUGAGCACUUUGGAUAUUAUACUUCUGCAGUACAUUUAUAAUAAAGACACAAUGCAUGCAGUGUGAUUUUUUAAAAAUAUCAUUAUGUGUUUAAUAUGCAAAUAUAUACUUUUUGUGUGCAUACUUUCAAAAAUUCAAGCAUUGACGUUGCUGUUGUACUCCAACACAACAUCAAUGCAUGAACCUUUCAACACCUUUGGAUUGUUGAUUUAUUGAAGUGAGGGAAGAUGGAGUUUUAACAAGUGUCUGGUCAAAAGAAGGCAAAAAAAAAACCCAUGACGUCAUUUAUGGAAAGUUGAGCGGCAUUGUUUUACUUUUGUAUUCAUUAACUGAACUUGAAUGUCCUCAUAGUUGAUCAAGCAAAGUUACUCGAAUGUCGAUCAAUGCUUUUUUUUUGGGGUCAUUUCAGAUUUUAUACAUUCCGUAUUAAUGUAUUAUGAUGAUUAGUACUAAUGUGUAUGGGGGCUUUUUAUAACAGUUCCUCAGAGGUUUUGUGUUUUUACAACUGCAUGUCAGGCUGCAUCAAUUGCUUUUGUGUUCCGGACCAUAUAUGGUCCAUGCGCCGCAAAUUGAGCACCACUGCUCUAACUUAUUAGCUCAACAGAUAUGUCUUUCAAUUUAAACAAGCUAUAGAUAUGACCUCAGUUUCAAAUGCACAAUGCACAAACAAUUAGUAAAUGUACUGUGUGAUUACCCUACCCCACUAUCCCUAAAAUAGCUAAAAAUAGAAGGAACUUCUGCACUCAAAAGGCACUUCCACCACAUACCAAACCGGCACAAAUCCCACAAAGUAGUGUUUAAAUGUUGACAUCCGUAUAUAUUUUAUUGCCCCCAGCUAAUUUGAUGGUAGGUUUAUGUAGGGUAGCUGGUUACACGUACCCACAACAUGCCCUUUUAGUGGAUCACUGGGAUUAGCCAGCUGGGUCACAUCAGUGUCCACACAGUGAGUCAGACUGGCAACAUCAGCAUCAACACCCUGUGUCUCUCCAUAGUCAAUGAUAAUAGUAAUAAUAAUAACUACAAAAAUAUAAUAUAUCCUAAUACAAACGCAGCACUUAUCUUGUGUAGCGUGUAUUAUGACUUUGUAGCACGGGCUCGUAGUGGAAAAACAACACCAGUUUUCUUCCAGUACGCAUGAGAAAUGGGGUUAUAAUUGAAUACUCUUAUAAUAGAUAAUUAUGGUUUAAUUGAUGUUACAUGAGCUGCAGGCUCUCAUUUGACUCAUUGAUUCUGAAUGAGAAUACGUUUUAGCAUCCUCUGAUGGCUGUAACUUUAAUGUUGGCUUUAUUGUAUAGUAUAUUAAAAAAAAAAAAACUUUGCUAGUGAAAUAGGACUGUUUGUUGUUGGUGUUGGUGUCCUCAGCAGCAUCAAAAGCGGUGCUUCUGCUUGUGAUGUUGUCAGCUUUACUGUCAUCAUUGUGUCCACGUAGCCCGUUUUUUUGGUACUGUCUAUAAUAUAAUGUGAUGCCUUUGCAGGGCCUCAGAAGGCCACCUCAGUAUUGCAGAAUUAUAGUUACUAGUUUAUGCAUCAAACCCUUCCUUUCGCUUCCCUUCCACUUUUAUUACCCAUUUUUUCAGCAUUAUGAUUGUAACUUUAAGAGAUUAGUAUUGUCUGUUAUAUCUCUAGUUUAUCUUAUAACAUGUGAUCAAGUUGACUUGACUGUGAAAAAUUUCGAAAUUGCACUAAAUUAUGAUU